AUGGACUGGAUGGUGAAUGGAAAUGGCGAGCCAAUAACCCCUUCCCAGAGCAUUGGAGAACCAGCAGCCGGAUAUCAUAAGGGAUAUCUCGCUGUUGCCGAAGCGAUGCAAAUGCGACUUGCCGAAGGAAUUCUUGUGGCAGCGGGGGCACCAAGAGAUAUGGGUCUCCUUUUCACGGGCCAUUCUGCUGGUGGUGGGAUGGCACAGCUGUUCUAUGCCAUGGCAGCCUCAAAGUCCUCGAGCCGUACCAUCGCAACCGUAGUACCUAACUUCCGACGGGUUCAUUGCAUUGUAUUUGGCACCCCACCGAUCGCUACUAUCCCCAUCCGCCCGCCAAGCCGCGACCCAUUCCAGUCAGGAAUCUUCCUGGGCAUAAUAAAUGAAGAAGACCCCGUUCCACUGCUCCAGCAGGGCUACUUGUCCGCCUUGAUAGAGGUCCUAGUCCGAAGCCCAAGGGAGCUGAAGGCGAGGUACCCGGAUGGGUUCAAAGUUCCAGACCCCGUCGUACGUAUCAGCGGACCAUGUAUUGUUCUCCGCGAUACUGACCCUACUAAUGUUGAAUCAUGUGUAUUUGAUGCUGUGAGGAUACCGGCAGCGAUGCUUGAACGCAAAUUGUUCAGGAAUGUGAGCGCACAUAACAAAGAUGACUACUUGAAGAGAUGUCGGAACCUGAGGAGCAUAGCGGCUUCUCAGGACCACGUUUUCAUCGUUUCCGCAAUUCCGAAGACACAAGCUUGUGACACCAACAUGUGUCAUGCCCUCUUUCUCCUGCAACUCCCAGCCUUCAAGCCCUUCGAAGCUACAUCGUCGUGCGAAAACGGCUACAUAACCAUGGUGACGACGUUGUACACGAUCCAUUCAUUUGCGAGAUUGACUCCGAAUCUAGUCCUAGCCUUGGCGCCACAAGAAGAUGGGAGAAUUCGGUAUCCAUGGGAUUCCUUAACCUGCUGGAAGAAGCCAUGUAAGGACUACGAUAGCGCUAGUGAGACCAGUGCUUUUAGCACUUUCCGGUCUAUGGGUUCGAUUGUAGCGAUUGUAGUUGCCGUUGAACAUGUUGCAAGGGUUGAUCGCGUACAGUUGGUCCUUAAGGCCCUGGACGCCUCAUCUUCUUAA